CUUUUCGGCAGACAACUGCUCAAGCGAAGCAUACCGUUUUCACUACAGCAGCUUGUUGAUCUGCUUCUACUCCGAACGCAAGAAUGGGUCGCGAGGCACCUGCCAUCGGUAUUGACCUGGGCACCACCUACAGCUGCGUGGGUGUCUGGCAAAAUGACCGCGUGGAGAUUAUCGCCAACGACCAGGGUAACCGGACGACGCCCUCGUAUGUUGCCUUCACGGAUACUGAGCGCCUGAUUGGUGAUGCCGCUAAGAACCAGGUGGCUAUGAACCCCAAGAACACCGUGUUCGAUGCUAAGCGCCUGAUCGGCCGCAAGUUCUCGGACCCCAUUGUUCAGUCGGACAUCAAGCUCUGGCCCUUCUCCGUCCGCGCCGGCGCCCACGAUGUGCCGGAGAUUGUUGUCCAGUACAAGGGCGAGGACAAGGUGUUCAAGGCUGAGGAGGUGUCUUCCAUGGUGCUCAUCAAGAUGAAGGAGACCGCGCAGGCCUUCCUGGGUGCGGACCGCGAGGUGAAGAAGGCGGUCGUCACCGUGCCCGCCUACUUCAACGACUCGCAGCGCCAGGCCACCAAGGAUGCCGGUAUGAUUGCGGGCCUGGAGGUGCUCCGCAUCAUCAACGAGCCCACCGCCGCCGCCAUUGCCUACGGCCUGGACAAGAAGGACAGCGGCCUGGGCGAGCGCAACGUGCUGAUCUUCGAUCUGGGCGGCGGCACCUUCGAUGUGUCGCUGCUGACCAUUGAGGAGGGCAUCUUCGAGGUGAAGGCCACCGCCGGUGACACCCACUUGGGUGGUGAGGACUUCGACGAGCGCCUGGUGAACCACUUUGCCAACGAGUUCCAGCGCAAGUACAAGAAGGACAUGAAGACCUCGCCCCGCGCCCUGCGCCGCCUCCGCACCGCUUGCGAGCGCGCCAAGCGCACCCUGUCCUCGGCCGCCCAGACCACCAUUGAGCUGGACUCGCUGUUUGAGGGCAUUGACUUCGCCACCUCGAUCACCCGCGCUCGCUUUGAGGAGCUGUGCAUGGACCUGUUCCGCAAGUGCAUGGACCCCGUGGAGAAGUGCCUGCGGGACGCCAAGAUGGACAAGAGCACGGUUCACGACGUUGUGCUGGUUGGCGGCUCCACGCGUAUUCCCAAGGUGCAGCAGCUGCUGCAGGACUUCUUCAACGGUAAGGAGCUCAACAAGUCGAUCAACCCCGACGAGGCCGUUGCGUACGGCGCCGCCGUGCAGGCUGCCAUUCUGACGGGCGAGGGCGGCGAGAAGGUGCAGGACCUGCUGCUGCUGGAUGUGACCCCGCUGUCGCUGGGUCUGGAGACUGCGGGCGGUGUCAUGACCGUCCUCAUCCCCCGCAACACCACCAUCCCCACCAAGAAGGAGCAGGUCUUCUCCACCUACAGCGACAACCAGCCCGGUGUGCUCAUCCAGGUCUACGAGGGCGAGCGCGCGCGCACCAAGGACAACAACCUCCUCGGAAAGUUCGAGCUCACGGGCAUCCCGCCGGCGCCGCGUGGCGUGCCGCAGAUCAAUGUCAUCUUCGACAUUGACGCCAACGGCAUUCUGAACGUGUCUGCCGAGGACAAGACCACGGGCAACAAGAACAAGAUCACCAUCACCAACGACAAGGGCCGGCUAUCCAAGGAGGAGAUUGAGCGCAUGGUGCAGGAGGCGGAGAAGUACAAGGCGGACGAUGAGCAGCUCAAGAAGAAGGUCGAGGCCAAGAACAGCCUGGAGAACUACGCCUACAACAUGCGCAACACCAUCCGGGAGGACAAGGUUGCCUCGCAGCUGUCGGCCUCCGACAAGGAGACCAUGGAGAAGGCCCUGACCGCCGCCAUGGACUGGCUCGAGCACAACCAGAUGGCCGAGGUGGAGGAGUUCGAGCACCACCUCAAGGAGCUGGAGAACGUGUGCAACCCCAUCAUCACCCGCCUCUACCAGGGAGGUGCCGCCCCCGGCGGUAUGCCAGGUGGCGCGCCAGGCGCCGCCGCGGGUGCCUCGUCGGGCGGCAGCGGUGCCGGCCCCAAGAUUGAGGAGGUCGAUUAAGCGAUUCGCCCGUCGGUGUGAUUUUGGCUCUGAUUCGGCCCAGUUGUUGAAAGGACUGGACGGAACUUGUCGAGCCUAGAUGGGUAAUAGCUUGAUGGCUUAUGGCUUAUUGUGGAGGUGUUGGUCCCCGGUCUGACUGCAACGAGCGAAUUGGCCUGUGAGCAGAGAAGCCGUUGCGCGAAGUUGGGGUUUUCGGGUCUACGGCGUUUCUUGUGCGCUGCUUUGACGAUGUUUCCUAGUGUUUGCUGGUGUUCUUUCCGCUCAGCUGCGCGGCUGUGCUUAGCAGGUGUUUGCCGUGGAUGGAGUGUGGUAUUGGGUGUGCCGGGGAGAGGGGUUUCAGAGUGAACCUUUCGAGCGUCCAGAUGUGUGUAGGCACAUGGAUAGUUGCAUUAAGUGAAAACCAUGUUGAGAAGAACUGCAACUGCUGCUCUUUCGACUAUUAUCAAGUUGGGUGGCGAAACACCGCAUCGGUGAUAUUUUGCCUUUAAGAACUGCAGGUUUUCAUGUUUUCCACGAUGCUUAGGCAUCAUAUUGGGAUCUUUGUAACCUUCUGAUGACCUUUUCA